GUGUACACACACCGUCCCGUCGACUGCCGCGGGAACGCGUUCAUGCUGUCAGUGUACGCCGGGACGCUCUACCGUAGCCGCGUAUCCCGUUUUAUCCCGUUUCAUCCCGUUUUUUCGACGUUUACCGAAACGUUUAAAAUAACAAACAACUAUAUUAUAAUACGUAUAUACAAUUUGAGUCUAACCGAUUCGCUGUUUUCGAUAAUAAUAAUAAUGAAAUUAAAAAAAAAAAAUGUGUUUAUUUCGAAAAGUUAAUUAACUAUUAAAUCAAAAAGGUUUCAAAACGUUCGCUAUUGGUGCGAUUUUUUGUUUAAAUUUGUUUUUGACUUACGGAAGACACUGGGAUAUAUACAAUUUCAAAAAAACAAACAAAAUAAAUAACGUUUGAACCGGUCAAAAAUGUGAACCCAAUACACCUGAGUGAGAGACCCUCGGCGAUAUCAUCAUCAUCAUCAUGUGUUCGGUUCGCCGGGUCACUUCGGGACUCGUGUUACUAUUGAUGUUGUACUUGACUAUACCGGCGAGUUUGGCCGCUGGCAUCCGGCACGGUCGGUCGAGAAGCGCCAGAAACCUUAGACUUAACGCUCAAAUGCCACUGAAACGUUCAAACGGCGGCGAUGCACCGGAAAACGACAUCGUCAACCGGCUGUUGCGAAUCGUCGAGUCGCAACAACAACUGGGAAACAACUGCACGGCUGGAACGCACCUGAAUCUCGGCGAAGGAGUCGUCGACAGAUAUGCUCAGGAACGAUUCAGAGUCGAAGCCGACGUGGCCGUGAACCGAGCCAACAUGUUGACCAGACUGUGGAAGUACGCGGACCCGGAUGUAAUGGCCUCGGAGUACCUGCUGCACGCGGGUGUCAUCUCGAUGGUGGAGUUCGACGAUGACAUUUUCGCGGCCGGCAACUGUUACGACCAACACCAGUACAAGGACUACCAGCUGUUCUGCCCGUACGCGUACCGGCUACCCAGGGGCGAGGGCAUACUCGCCAAAGACUUGGCCGUCGAAUACAAGUACCUGACCAACACCAGCGAGUGGUUUUACAUAGCCCGCAAGACGGCCGAGUCGGUCAUCGAACGCAACGUACAGUACAAACACGCUAUAAACACUUACACUUAUAAUCAGACAAGUCAUACGCAAAGUUUUCCUGAUGACAUUCUCGCAGUUACUUACGAAGACGGCAAAUGGAGUAAACCUUAUUACGACUGUGGAGGCGGUAAUAUAUGGAUGCUCACUUAUACCGUUCCUUUUUUCGCUUUCAAAGAUGGAAAAUAUUUUUUCAAAGGGACGAGUGGUAUUGAUAUUGAUUUGAGACGAGUAGAUAUCGAUCAAUGUAGUUUACCCGAAGGCAGCACAAAACUCAAUAUUUUCGCUUCGUCUAAUAAAUGCAAAAAUGAAACUACACAAUGCGUUAUGCUGGCUGGUUUUGGGUUUCGCCGAGGAAGUUAUAAAUGCGUGUGUCGCAAAGGAUAUUAUUUUCCAGACAUAAGUACUCAAGAAAAAUAUUUUAACGGCGUGGUGGUUGAAGAAGAAUACGAAAAACUUAUGUUGGGAAAGCCCAAUAUAUAUUAUUCAGAAGGCAAUUUCCAGUGCAAAAUGUGUGCGGAGGGCUGCGACGAUUGUGUGGAUUUUAGUCCAUGCAUUGCUACAUAUGACAUUAUACUUCGGAUCACAGUAUUGCUGCUAACUUUGUUGGUUAUCGCAUUUUUGCCGAUGGUCGCCAUUUUCACAUACAAAUACAACGAUCUCAAGAUUGUUAAGGCGGCCAGUCCGGUCUUGUUGCAAAUCAUCAUCCUCGGAGCGUUUUUCAUUUACACCACGAUUAUAGUUAUGUAUCCUAAGCCGAAUACAAUAACGUGCACGGCGAGAUUUUGGCUUCGGGAAAUUGGAUUUUCCCUCACAUACGGAGCGCUAAUGUUGAAAACUUGGAGAGUGUCGCAAGUUUUCAAAGUCAACUCGGCCAAGACUGUCCGUAUCACUGACAAACAAUUAAUUAAACUUCUGACUUUUAUGGUAGCGUUCGUUACCGUCAUACUAUUCAUUAGAACCAUGGUGUCUCCUCCCCACACCAUCGUCGGCCGCACAGCUGAUAAUCUAAAAACCGAUAUUUGUCCAACCGACUGGUGGGAUCAUUCAUUUUCGAUACUGGAAGUGGUGUUCCUGAUUUGGGGGAUUAGAUUGUGCGUAAUGGUUCGGAAAACGCCAUCUGCUUUUAAUGAAAGUCGAUUCAUUUCCAUAGCCAUCUAUAACGAGUUCAUCAUGUCUGUGUUCCUGAAUGUUUCAAUGAUUUUUUUAAAGUACCCGGCCAAUCCGGAUUUGCAAUACGUCAUAUUUUUUUGUCACGCUCAACUCACUGCUACCGUUUUGCUGGGUCUAUUGUUUGGUAGCAAGGCUUUGCUAAUUUACAAAGGGGAACAUAAAAUCGAAGAUACAUCAUCGCAUAAAAUACCUACCACUCAAAAAUUGAAAUUCAACAGCAGCAAACAAAAAUCUUCAGAUCCUUCGAGCGACAGUGUCAGCGAAAAGGACAACGCUGAAAUACAGGAGUUGCUGAUAUUGAAGGAAACCAUUGAAAAUUUGAUAGAAGAGUUUGUCAAGUGCGGACCAGUUUUUUCUGGCCAUGUGUUAAAACUGCAAGCAAUGUUGGACGUUCUGAAAAACUCAUCUGAAAAUCAAAAUUUGCAACAAAAACCGAUUUUGGGCAACGGUUGUGUGAAAACGUCUGAAGGCAAAAAAGAAAAUUCGUCUAUUUCGAAAAAAUUAGAAAACUUGUAAAUAUUAUUGUUUUUGUUUUUUUUCCUAAAUUGUAAAAAUAUAAAUAACUGCGAAUAAUAUUAUAUAAAUUCAUUUUUUCCUCGUUUUUUUUGUUAUAUAUUCAAAUCUUAUUCCGUUAUAAAAACAAAUA